AUAAGUGGUGAAGAUGUGUUGAAAUUUUAACUAUCUGAACAAUUGCCUUCCCUUUCUCAUGAUGAAGUCUAGAGUGCCCCAUGAUUUGAAGACAAGGUUCAAUGCAUGGCACUGACAGGGUACACUCUAAAUUCCUCGAGCAUUGGAAGCAUUAUCCAUCACCAUGAUGAAAGGUUGGAUCCAGAGCGAACUGAGAAGCUUGUUCUUAUCUACUAGAACUCUCGUUUGUGGAGUAUGAAGCAACAGUCCAUUGACAAAUGGGCGGCAUCGCGAGCUCAGUGUGCAGAUUCACCACUGCUGGAGUGGAGAGGAGAUGGAGCUGUGCCAUGGAUUGGAGGAGACAGAUCUAUCCUUUCUUAUUGCAUGAGUUCUUUUUCCGUGUCAAUUUGGAUUGCUCUAGGGCUUCUUCCUCGAUUCUUCCAGCACCAUUGCUCUACUGGCCGGCGUCCUCUACAGCUUCCUCGCCUCCACCGUCCGAUCCUGGCUUCCACAUUGCAAUCCAAACACCAGCGGCCCGGCAGGAAUCUAGGGCAAUUGAGAAGCAAGCCACGCGCUGGGGAUUCUCAUCGCGACUAUCGCUGGGUAAUUCCAUGGGGGCGAUGGAGCGCUACCAGGCCUGGGCGAUUGAACACCAUCGAGAAGAGCGAGGAGGUUGCUACUCUCGGUCCGCAGAGCGAGGAGCUACAAAGGAACAGACUUCCAAUCUGCCAGAAAGAAUCGAGAGAUCAGAGAUGGGUUUGACAGAAAAAAGAAAGAAACUUACAGUGAUUCGAAAGUAGUCAUGGAUGCUGCGGAUUCUUCCAUCUUCUGUAGAACGUCUCGCCAGGACGGGAGAGACAGCGACGAGCUCAAUGGCGUGUUCUUCCUGACCAGGAUGAUCUUCCGGGAAACAUUCUCCUUGGGAACUUCCACAUUUCUUUCUUUCUUCGCAGCCAUCUCUGGCGAUACCAAGAAAACCAAUUAGCAAUCUGGAGAGAGAGAGAGAGAGAGAGUGAGCGAGCGAGCUUACCAUCACCAGCUUGCUUGGCUCGGGGCCGAUCAAGCACACCAUCCCAAAACUUUCCCAUAAGCCCAACCAUUGUCCGCUAC